AUGUCAACACGCAAAUCCAGCCGCGCAACCAAAGCGGUGAAAUACACAUCCGCAUCUGAAGGCUCGGAUUUCGAAGACAAAAAGCGAAAGCCCAGGAAGACAACUACAGGUACCCCCAAAAGACCUACAAAAAGGACAAAAGCAGUACCAAAUGCGACCACCGUAUCCGGAAAGAAGGCCCCCAUGAACGCCAAGCGCCCCGCCGAAUCCGACGACGACGAGUCCAGCCACGAGGCCGCCGCCAUCUUACCGCCUAAACCCAAGCGCCAAAAGAAAGACCCUGAGACCCUCGCUCAAGAGGCCCGCGAGAAGAAAAUGCUAGAAGAAGAGCCCGACAAGGAAGAAAGCAUCACGCAGACCGACGCGCUGAAGAAGUACGGGCUCAAGAAAGAGGAACUGACGUCCCUGCUGCGGUACGAGAAGAAGAACCCGUUGUACGGGGGCACGAUGAAAUUGUUCCUAGAGGAGAACGUGAGGGAGUUGGGCUUCAGGAAGAUGGGGAUGCUGGAGGGGGUAGAAGGAGGUGAUGAGGAGAUUUUGAGGAGGGGUGAGGAGAUUUGGCAAGCAGAGCAUAAAGACGAUCCUAAGUCUGAGGACGACUCAAAACCGACGAAGGUGAAGAAGGCCGACAAGUCUACGCCGACAAAAGAGAAGAAAGACACCUCGGCCAAACCCGAGAAAUCGAAGAAGGAAGCACCAACUAAACCCACCAAACCCACCAAAGAAAAAACACCCAAGCAAAAGUGGUCAGCAUACAUCUCCGCACACACCCUUGCUGCCGACUCGAACCUCACCGAAGAGCCAUCCGACGUCAUCAAUCAAACAGAGUGCAAGAACAAGUACAGUCUCACGCCCCAGGACCUGGCUUGCUUGUCUUUCUUCCCCAAGAAGAACCCGGUGUACGGGAAAAUCAUGAAGUUAUUCCAAGAGAGCGAGGUGAAGAAGUUAGCGUAUGUGAAGACUGCUGUUCUAGCUGGAGUGGAAGACGAUGGUAAGGAUGAAGGGGCGUUGAUGAAGGAGGGGAGGAAGAUUUUUGAGGAGCAGCGAGAGGGUGAGGAGGACGAGGAAGAGUAG